AUGGCACAUGGUGUCAGCCCCAUGAACAGAGAUAUUGUGAAGCACAAUGACCGAACUCUCAUGUUCUCUAUUCGCUGGCAGAUGCCGGUGAUUCCGUUCUUCAAGACCAUGGUCGCUCUUAUGGGGAUUGUCUCCGCAUCGGCCGCCCAGGAAAUCUGGGGCACGGCUUAUUGGACACCACUGCAAAUCAUCGAUACCUGGAUGGACACUUCUGGUGGUCGUGCAGCAGCUUUCUUCUGUGCUUCGAUUUGGGAACUCGGCCAACUCAGCGUUAACAUUAGUGCAAACGCCGUUUCUUUUGCUAACGACGUCACGACACUCGCACCAAAGUACAUCAACGUGCGCCGCGGCUCCGUUUUUGUGGCUUUCGUUGGUGGCUGGGCGCUAUGCCCUUGGACUAUCGUGGCUUCUGGAAAGGCGUUCCUAAACUUCAUGAGCGCAUACGCCAUCUUCAUGGCGCCCAUGGCAGGUAUCCUGUUUUCCGACUACUGGUUAGUCAAGCACAGAAGGUACGACGUGCCUGCUUUGUAUGAUCCACGAGGUAUCUACCGAUAUGGUCGCUAUGGUACAAACUGGCGCGCUGUGGUUGCCACAUUCGUCACCAUCAUCCCUCUACUACCAGGAUUGGCCAACAAAGUGAACCCAAGUUUGAAGCUUUCAGCUGGCUUACAGAACCUCUUCACGUUCAAUUGGCUUUAUGGAUUCUUUUUGUCCAUAUUCUUGUACUACUUUUGCAACCUGUUCUUCCCAGCUGAGGAGACACUCAUUCCACGAAUUAUAACCGGCUUUGAGUAUUUGGAAGGGGUUGAGGUUGAUACUGAGGCGGGAAGCCCGUCAAUCGAUGGGAAGAUUGGUGAUUCCAAGAUUGAAGCCGGGACACACGCGUCUCCUCGAUCUUCGAGUCAAGUCCAAGACAGAUAG